AUGAACUUGAAGCAAUAUCCAACAUAUUUAAGAAGCAUGGACUCAAAUAGAAAAGAAGGAGAAACUGAAAGUGUGCCAGUGAUUAACCCUGCAACACAAAUUGCCCAGUUGCAGGCUCUGGCUUCUGAACUUAAAAGUAGCUUCACUGAAGCAAUGCAGGAACUUUCAAGAAUUCAACAUGGAGAGUAUGCUCUUGAGGAGAAAGUUCAAAGCUGCCGGUGUGCAAUGGAGGAAAAAGUGGCCGAGAUGAAAAAUUGUUUAAAUGAUUUCAAGGAGGAGCUUAAUGAUGCCAAAUCUAUGAUUGAGGAAAUUAGCGCCAAACAAGAAGAGAUGCAGCAAAAAAUCGAGCAAUUGCAACAAGAGAAACGGAAGGAAUCUCGCAAGCUCAAAGUGAAAAGGAUUCAAAAAGAGGAGCAUGGUUCCCAGACUGUGCCCACUCCUCUGCAAGGAAGCCCCUUUCGAGCCCUGAAACUUCCAGAACCAGUUUUAAUUAAUGAAGAUUUUGUCAAGCUUUUGCACAAUGCAACAUAUGAGAAAGUCUCUGAUUGCAUGCCUAGAAGACUAGGAGAAAGCAAUAUGAGAGGUGUAACCAAUACAAAUCUGGACAGAGAAGAGAACGUCACAGUUUCCUCUUCAGGCGAUGCUCCAUCAAAGGGCCAGGCAGCAAUAUGGAAACAGGCCAAAGACAGUAAGGAGAGGAAUGAGGAAUAUAUUUCAAAGAACCUCAGUGAUCGGCAGAAGGAUCUGGCUCCAAGUAGAUAUAGCUCAGUAGAGAAUUUGAUGUGGGACUCCUCUGUUGCAGCUAAAAGGCAAAAUAUUGCUUUGGAUUUACUAGAGUCUGAAAGAAAGUAUGUUGUCAGCCUCUCUCUUAUUCUGAAAGUUAAAUCCACAUUGCAAGGAACAGAAGUGAAAAGAAAUACAAAGGAAAGAAGUUUCUUCCCCAAUUCUUUGCGAUACUUGGUCCAGCAACAUGUAGAGUUACUUCAUGCCUUGCAGGAAAGAGUGUUAAGUUGGCCUCAACAAGGAAUCCUAGGAGACAUAUUUCUCAGAUUGACCAAUGAUGAGAACAGUUUUUUGGAUUAUUAUAUUGCUUACUUGAGGGACUUGCCAGAAUAUAUCUCUUUGAUCCAUUUGGUGAUUUUGAAAAAGAUUGAGGAAGAAACCAAGUCUGAUCUCUACCUAUUUUUCUUCCAUAUUGUCCAACGCAUUCCAGAAUAUCUUCUUCAUUUGCAAAACAUCCUGAAGUAUACUGAGCAAGAGCACCCAGAUUAUUAUCUUCUUCUUGUCUGUGUUCAGCGCCUGCGAGUAUUCAUUUCUCAUUACAGUCUUCUCUUCCAGUGCAAUGAAGAUCUGCUAAUACAGAAACGAAAGAAACUGAGAAAAUCUUCCUUCAUAAAGUUAUAUAAAGGUCUCGCCACUCAGUGUCCCAGCAGCGGACAAGCAGCAUCUCCAACACCAAGUGCAGCUUCCUUUCACAAUAGUGGAAUCCAUUCUGAAGAGACAGUGCAUCCAUUCCCAUCAGCCUCUGUUUCUGGAACAACUGCUAUGCAUUUGAUGUCACACAUAAAAAAGGGUCAACAAGAAAUGGCAAACAUCCCAGGGAAACCAUGUGAGUGGGAAGCUGAUGGAAGAAAGCAUGGCAGACCAGAGAGUGCUUUAAUUCCAUCUCAGUUCAAUGAGGAGGACUUGAAGACUCUGGCGGCUUCUCUGCAGCCUGUUGCAGAUAUGGAGUUCAAUGCUACUUCAUCGGAUAUGAAAGAAAACCAGGAGAAAUCUCACAAAGCUACCAUGGAGCUUCUCCAAGACAGCAGAAGCUUUACUUCUGAUUUUGAAGAUUUUGAAUACCAAGGAAAUACAUAUUCCAUUCCUGGACUCUAUGAGAAAGAACCUCUGGCUAUCCUUCAAUCUUGCUCACCAGCCUCUUCUGAAUCUAGCAUUGACAUCUGCUUCUUGCGACCUGUGAACUUCACAAAGGAACCAGAGAAGGCACAGCGCACUUUGCAAUUGCUUCCCAAGAGCAGUGAUCUAGAGCACAUUGGCAGCAGCACCUCCAAGCGUGAGGCUUUUCGGAGCAAGGGCAAACAACUGAGUCAAUCCUUGAAGGAGUUUCCCCGGAGUGGGUCUGAAGGCAUCAGCACAAGGCUAUAUAGCACAAGGAGCAGCAGUGGGAGUCGGCUGUCCAACUUGCAGGAGAGAGGCUUCCAGCCCCAUGAGGCCUCUGCCACCUCCAGGAGCUCCCACUGGAACUACUUUCCUCCACAGCGAGGAGUGGGUGAAAAGCAAAGCUUUGUAGAAGAUAUGCAUUUAGAAGAUAUCCGAUUCUCUUGCAGAGAUGACAAUGAGCAAACGUCUUUCAGCAGUCAUCCGACACGGCAAGAACAAAAAAGAAGCUUUCGCAGUUCCUUUCGCAAACUUUUUAAAAAGAAAUGA